UAACAAUUUAUAUAAAUAAUAAGAAAACCUUGUCUUGUUUGAAACAAAUGACAUGAAUUUAUGUUUCGUAAUAUUAUUAAUCAAACAUUUCGAUUGCAUAAUUAUGCAACGAUGGCAAAUAUAUGAAACCUUCAUCAAAAAUUGCUUUUAAGAAAAAAAUACGACGUUAAAGAGAAUAGUGAUCGCGUAUAUUUGGUUGCAGUUCCAUACAAAACGAUUAUUAUUGAACAUAAAUUUUUAUUAAAACCUUUAAAAGAUAAUAGUUACACAAGUAAUACGUAACAUGAAUUUAAUGAAUAUUAGAUGGUUCGUUAGAAAUAUUACAGUUUAACAAGAUUUAUUAUUCAAUCGAUAAAAAUGUAUAAAAUAAUAAUAAUUUAUUUAUUGUGUGCCAUCGGUAUUAUUAGUUCAGAACAACCAGACAAUAUUUUCGAGAAUGUCAAUGAAAAGGGAUUAUCCAUCAUCGACAAAUAUUCUUCGAAUAGAAGAUUUGCAAGAGCUAAAAGAUCCUUUAUAUUUCUACUACCGAUUGAAGAGGAACACGAGAAUGUAAAUAAUGAAAUAACAGAGAAAACCCGCCAAAGUAAAACAAUGAAACGUAGAAAAUCGGCACUAUUUACUACAACGAGUAUACCAUUAACUAAAAUGUAUAAGAAUAAGGCGAUAAAAGCUGAAAAAAGUAGAGAACCGUACGUAGGUUUUAAUUUUUUGAAUGAAAUUCGUGAAAAACGUCAAAAAGAGUCAACCGACAAAAAAAAUGACGUUGAACUAUCAUCGGAAAAAAAUCUUUCCAUCGAAUCUUAUGAGACUUCUUAUCCGUCUGAUAAAAAAUAUCGUGAAAAUUCCAAAAGAUUAGUGUGCUAUUGUCAUAAAGAAAAUUGUCAGGAUUGUCAAUCGAAAAGAAAAUUGCUUAAUUCUCAUUUGAAGGAUCCAAAAAAUAAAGGGAAAGGUGAUAAAUAUCGAAAAAUUAAUUCAAACGAUUAUAAGAUAACGGAAAUACCGUUACGUUUGUCGAAACUUUAUGAAGAAAUUCCUUAUGAUUUAAAAUCGAAUUAUGCGAAUUCCGAGAAGAUGCAAAUUUUACCAAUAAUUCAUGGAAUAUCACCUCGCGUUUAUCCGUUAACCGUACCUUUUAGAGUAACUUACGAACAAACCGAACCUCAUGUCGGUAUGAAUACACCGGUUUCUCAAGAGUAUCAACAAAAUUCAAAUAAAAAACAACAAACACUGCUUAAGCAAUAUAUUCUUACGACAAAGAAUCAAUCUGAAAUUCUUCAAAAAUCGAAUACAUCGAUUCUUAAAGACAAUAAAAGAAACAAUGAUUUCUCGACGACCAUGAAUUAUCCUGAGCACGAAGAGAGUGACCUAAAUUCAAUGAAAGAAAUCGAUGAGGAUUCGUCCGAUGCAAAUAUGUUAGAAUGUAUAAAAUUGUACGGUCGUAAAGUAUGUCUCCUCGCUGCUGCAACAGCUUGCAAAUAUUGGAAUAAAAAUAAAGAUCAGAAAGAUGAAAACGUUGGAUCGAUUCGUAAUCGGUAUGAUACUACAGAACAAUCGAGUGUAUACGAUAUUAACGAAGAUCAUUACGAUUCUACAAUCUCCGAUAUAUUAAUAGAUUCUAAGGAAAAUAAUUUUGACGAUAAUCUAAUAUAUAAAAAAGAAUCGACUGAAAAUUAUAACGAAAAUAAUCACGAUUCAACAACAUCGAAUGUAUUAAAAGAUUCUAUGGAAAAUAAUUUUGACGAUAAUCUAAUAUAUAAAAAACAAUCGACUGAAAAUUAUAACGAAGAUAAUCACGAUUCAACAACAUCGAAUGUAUUAAAAGAUUCUAUGGAAAAUAAUUUUGACCAUAAUCUAAUAUAUAAAAAACAAUCGACUGAAAAUUAUAACGAAGAUAAUCACGAUUCAACAACAUCGAAUGUAUUAAAAGAUUCUAUGGAAAAUAAUUUUGACGAUGAUCUAAUAUAUAAAAAACAAUCGACUGAAAAUUAUAACGAAGAUAAUCACGAUUCAACAACAUCGAAUGUUAUCCUAGAAACUUCAGAAUACAUCAUAACUAAUACCGACAAUUAUACAACUUCGACGGACGAUUCAUUCACAAAGCAAUCAACAACAUAUUAUACUUCCGAUGAAGAUAUAAAAAUACGAGAAUAUGCAAAUCCCACGGAUAUGUCUAUUCUUCAAGCAACACAAAAUUCACAAGAACAAGAUCAAUUAUCUACGACUCUUCUAAUUGAUUCUAACGUAAUCAAUGAUAUCGAAUAUACAACGUCAACUGCAAUAACAAAUAAUAUCAAUUUCAAUGAUUCCAUGGUUACUAAUGAAGACAAUAACUUAACCGAUACAAUUUUAAAUGACGAUAGGACACAUUAUAUAACACACUCUGAAUUAGAUUAUUCGGAUAUACAAGAAAUAACAAAUAGUUAUUUUACUUCGCAAAGCUACGAUAAGUUCGAUGAGAAUGGUUAUAAUAGCGAUCUAUUUACUUACGAUCAUCAUUUAUCUAAAAAUAAUCUGACGAAUUUAAUCGAUGAUUCACCGAACGUGGAAGCUACAAACAUUCCAGAUGUAACGAACGAUCGAGCUAACUCACAAAAUGUAUUAUCCAUUGAAAUCAAUCCGGAUUUAAUCGAAAAUCAAAUUUCAAUCAAUUCGACUGUAGAAAAUAAUCUAGAUGACGAUAAAACAAUUACAGAAGAUAACAAUGAUUCGUUAAGAAAAGAAAACAUUGAAAAUCGGGAAGAUAUAAAGGAUGAUCCAAAAAAAAAGGAAUCAGGAUUAAAAUACGACACACAAAAUUUAUCUUCGUUUACAAGUACAACAGAACAAGAACAAAUUACUAUCGAUUCAUCUUUAGGAUACACCAAGUCAUCUUUGGAUUAUGAAACGAAUAAUGUUGAUGUUUAUUCGACAGAUAUUUCAAAUCUGUGUACUUUAUCAAUCGAUAUUAAUUCACCUAUAGGAUGUACAGAAAAUGAAAAGAAAGCAACGAUCAAUGAUUACGAAAUUCCUGUUACAAUUUCUACUACAAACGAGAUAAAACUUCAAACUUCAAACCAAGACUUAACUACGACCGAAGAAACAACAACAACAACAACAACAAUAGAAAUUGCAACUGAAAAAGAAACUCAUGACAAAAUUAAUGAUUCUAUCGUUGGAUUAUCUAACGAAGGAGAAUUCGUUAAAUUAUCUGAAGAGUUUGAUACCACCUUAAAUCCGAUCACGUUCGUCGCAGAUUAUACGAAAACUGAUAACGAAAUUAAUACACUUAAGAAUAUUUUAAAAUAUGACGUUGAAUCGACUACGCCAAAUUUAUCAUUCUACGACAAUAUACAACUCGUAAAUUCUAUUAAAAAAAUAAUAAAUAAUUUCAAUUCGAACGAUAGAAAUCUUGGAGAUCCUAAGGAUUUUACAAAAAUUGCCGAUAAUGUUGAACUGUCACCAGAAAUCGUUGGAAUUCCAAAUUUACGAUCUCUCUUAUCGCUGACACCAGUUGAAAAUGUAAUCAUAAAAAAAGUGAAAGAUCACUUAUCGAAAAUAACCGGUAUACCUAAAAACGCAUUGUUCGAUGAGGAAUCGAAUAACGUGAUUAGACAAACUCUUAAAAAUACAUUGAAUCUUUUGCCGAACAUGCAAUCAGAACUUCCACCAAUGACCGUUGAGGAACAUCAAUUUCAGGGUGGACAUUGGACGACAAAUUUGGUGACUCUUCUUCCACUUACAUCGUCCGAACGAACAAAAAAACAAGACAUUUCUCGAAGAUUACAAAAUCAUAUAAAAGAUCUCAUUUAUAAUCCUGCGAUUGGUUUGGAAUCAGUUAAACAAAAUGCUGUGCAAAAUAUCAUCAUCCAAGCUACGAAACAUCAAAUGGAAAAUGCGAACGAUAUGGAUAUAGAAGAAGACACGAUUCGUGAUAUUUUAGGAAAUGUUUUACAAGAUAAUUCGUAUGAUUCAAAUCAACGUAAGACAAAAAUUAAUUCUGAAAAUAUUUCGACGAUGGAAGAUACACGUAAUUACGAUGAAACGACGACAGAAAACAUCUCUAUGAAAGAUAAUAGAUUCGAAACUUUAAAAAGUACGACCGAUAAUUCAUUAGCCAAUUCGUACUAUGACGAUUUUAUAACAGAUAAAGAAUUUCCAAAAAUGACCAUAAAUAAAAUACAACCAAAUGAUUAUUCGAAUGAUGUUCGUGAUAGCUACAUUCUUAGUACUGAAUUUUACGAAGAAAAUCUACAAAAAUAUCAAAGCACAGAAUCCAUUUAUGUUUACGAAACAACGUUCACGAGUAAUGUUGCAAACAUAAAUGAAGAAACACUUGAAAUGUCUCAACCUGAAACACAAUCGGAUCAAAGUAACAGCAAUAAAGUGAAAGCUAAUGAAUCGGAAGUACUUAGAUUAUCACAAAAUUCUAUUGUAGGAGUUGAUAAUCCUAAAAUUAAUGAGACUGGUUCGGCUAAUGAAGGAUUCUUGGAAGAAAAAGAGAAACGUCGUCUUUGUAAGAUAGAAAAUUGUACCAGUGAACAUGAAAUUGUUACUAAGUUUAACGAAAGGGUUAAAACAACAAAAGGGGUAAAAUCAAAGGGAAUGGAGGAUGCUUCUUCUUUCGAAAGAAAUCCGAUAAUUUCGAAAGCUCCUGAAGUGGACGACAUUACGAGUAAUUUUGAAACGAAUGAAAAUAUAGAAGAUAUUAACGAGAAUGACGAUGAUAAUACAAAGAUUUAUAAAAAUUUAAAUCAUCAAGAUUACGAUUCUGAAGAAGAUGUCAUUUACAAGGAAGAAGCUUUUAAAACGAAAACGAAUGAUAUCGACAAUGACAAAAACAAUUUGUGGGAUUUGCAAAAUUCAGAAUUGUAUUACGUAGGAGACAAUGUGAAAUUUCCAUUGGAAAUUAAAAAACUGAAAGAUGGUUCGUAUAUCUUAUUGAUCUCGAGAAAGAUAUGCGAGAAUGUUUUAAAAAAUAAUUGUCCAUGUUGUGUACCACUUGAAGGAAAUGUACGUUUAAUAAAAAGAAGUACCGAAGAAAUCAGCAAUGAUAAUAAUGAUAAUAAAACUUUCGAUAAGAAAAAUAAUCAAUAUUCUGAACAAAGGUCGAAAAUCAUGAAAUCAAAUCCAUUGAGACAACGAACACCUAGAUCGAUGAUAUUAAAUAAAAAAUUAGACGAUUCGGAUGAGAAUAAUUCGGAAAUUUUAACGAUGCCCGUUAUAGCUUUUGCUAAGAAAUAUAAUUUAAAAUUAAAUCUUGAUGAUACAGAGAUAGAUGACGUCAAAGAAGCAAAAAAUACUUAUUGCGAUGAAAAUGAUAAAAUUAAAAGAAACAAUCCUAUUUUUCAAAGGAUGAAAUUCGUUAAGAGAAUGCAAAACAAUUAUGAACCUUAUAGACAACAACGUGCGAUUAAACAAAAUUCAAACAGUAGUACGGAAAUAUUAAAAAAUGUAAUAAAUUGGUUAAGAACGUUAUUUGUCAAUUGAAUAACGUCUCCAUAUAAAUAUAUAGUAUAAAUAAAUUAUAUAUCCUUCUUUUUUAAUAUUUUUAAAAGAAUAAUAAAAUAAGAAAAAAAAAAAAAUCAUUCCAAAAUCAAUUGACCCUUUCCCUUUUAUAAAUUAUAUUACGACAUUUUCAUUCACUUUUCUAAUCUAUUUAAAACUUUAUUAAAUAAGUAUAUUAUAUCUCAAACAGUUAAUUAAUAAUCAAUUGGAUUAAAGUCUGCACGAUAUUCUUAUUCAUUUCCGUGAUAAAUAUAUUCAUAGGGAAAUUUUUUUUAUUGAUUAUUAACAAUUCUCUUUAAAAAAAAAAAAAAAAAAAACAAAAAAAAAACAAAAAAAGAAAUGAAAAAGUAAAAAUAAAAAUAAAAAGAAAAAGAAAAGAAAAACAAUAUUAUUACGAAUAUAUUAAGAAUAUUGUAAUACGAUUACGUUAGCACUACAACUCGAUUGUAGAUAAUGCAGAGAGUGAUAUGAACAGGUAAGCAAUAUUCAUACUACACAGAUUAUACAUCUUUUGACCUACUGUGACGAAGGUAUUUAAAAUUAUAUUCAGUACAAUAUAUGCAAGGUCGUGUAUGUGUGUUUGUGUGUGUCUGUAUACGACGAAACUUGACAGCUUUAUUAACUAUUAUUAUAAUAUGGGUUUAUUUGGUAAAACCCAAGAAAAAGAUCCAAAAGAAAUGGUCCAAGAGUGGACUCAUAAAUUAAGAAAAGAAGGUUAUAAUUUAGAUAGACAAGUUAGAGCAAUACAGAGAGAGGAAGAUAAAGUAAAACGUUCAUUGAAGGAAGCAGCUAAGAAGAACGAUAAAGAUGUUUGUAAAAUUCUUGCUAGAGAAAUUAUU